CGUCAAUGAAUGACAUCAUUCUAACCAGGCCAGCGCUAUUAUGAUAUUUUGUUUGUUUUGAUAAAACUGUCUGAGAACUAUAGGACCAUUAAUAGCUGGUCUUACCUUUGGGACAUUGUGUGCAUUCAUGUGGAAAUGUACGUGUACUGUACAUGGUAGCUUCCAACUACAUGUAGUACAUGUAUGACAUGGCUGCCAAUCUGAGCACGUCUGUGCAAGACACAGAUUCAGAUGUUUCCCUGAAAAAUCUGGAGGACUCCAAGACGUCUGAGCGAGAAAUAGAUUCCGAUGUUUCUCUGAUAAACCUCAAGGAGAUGAAGAGGUAUCAGCCUCUUCUUAGAGAAAAAGGCUACAAUCUUGUUGAGAAUGGUUCUGAUGGGCAGGUUGAUGAUCAUCUCCUUGCCGUCGGUGACCCACAGAGCAGAGCUAUGAACUUGGGAAUGAGUCGGAUGACCCUAGGAGUAGGACUCCGAAAUGAACAUCACUAUCAGGCAUGGCUUUCGGUGGAUAGUGUGCAGACGGAUAAGGUGCUUCAAGAUGAACUUGACGAGACUAAUGAUGUCAAUAAUCAAAGCUCGCUGGAGGUCAGUCUUUAUCAAUCUUUUCAAAAUUCAUCUCUACCUAGUCACAAAUAAUAAUAUUGUUGGAGAAUAAAUUAUGGGCUAAAAUCUAAUAUUAAUAAAAAUAUUGAUCAUUUAGGUGUGCUA